CGAGUAGUUUGACGCUUAUCUCCCUUAGCAAUCGUAGAAAUAUACGUCACGUGACUUAUUCAAGAUGGCAGCGACCAAGCGGCUAACGAAGGAACUUGGGGACUUGAGGAAGAGUGAUGUAAAAUAUUUCAGAAAUAUAACUGUGGAUGAGUCAAACAUCUUGUAUUGGCAAGGUCUAUUAGUACCAGAACAGCCACCAUAUAAUAAAGGAGCAUUUAGGAUAGAAAUAGUAUUUCCUGCAGAGUAUCCAUUUAAACCACCCAAAGUAACAUUUAAGACAAAGAUUUAUCACCCCAACAUUGAUGAAAAAGGACAAGUUUGUUUACCAAUAAUAAGUCCCGAGAACUGGAAGCCAGCAACUAAAACAGAUCAGGUUAUACAAUCAUUAAUAGACUUAGUUCAUAAUCCUGAGCCAGAACACCCACUCAGGGCCGAUGUUGCCGAGGAGUUCACAAAAAACAAUGCCAAAUUUAUGAAAAAUGCCGAGGAGUUCACAAAGAAACAUGCAGAAAAACGUCCUUAUGAUUAAUAAUGUGAAAACUUAUUAAUUGAAGAUGGGAGACCAGUGUUGUUAUUAAUAGAAGGAUUAAGGAGAGGAGAAAAAAAAUGUUAUAGUAAACAUUUUGCCUUUGAGUUCCUUUUAAAAAGGACUGAUAUAUAUUUUAAUGCGAAAAAACUGUUUCUUUAAGAAAUAUUUGUAUGUUUUCUAUGUUUACGAAGUUAGCUUAAAAAAACAAUUCUGUAUUUAAUUAAGGUUCUGAUGGAAAAGUUGGUUUGCUUAUAUAAAGAGUGUUUUUUUUUCAAUCAUUGCCAAGUAUGCAAUGUAAACUGAAGUAUUUUGAAUAUUCCCUUUGCAAUAAUAGGUAAACAGAUAUAUAAAAAGGGAGAAAAAAAGAGAGAAUUAUUUGAAAUUCAGAGAACUUGAGCAUAAAUUUGCAAGAUAUAAGGAGGAGUUUCAUUUUUGGACGUAUUAUGUUGUAUUAGCUUUUCUUCUUUGACAAGCCUGAGUUCCUAUCAUUGUGAGAUUUCAUUACCAAGGAGUAAUUGACUUUUAAUUUAUUAUUAAAUAAAUAUGGAUGUGUAAAGUCACAUAUCACUUGGUGUAUUUGUUACUCAGCUGUGAUUAGAUGCAGUGCUAGUUUUCCACUCAGUUGACAGUUUAUCCAUGGCAUUUAUACUAAAUGUAUCACCAAUGAAUAUGUGAGACAAUUUUUC